UUUCAUAAAACCAUCAUUCAAAGCCACAAUAAUAUCCCCCACCAAAAAAAUUACACAUAUAAAAAGGCCACAACACAAUAACAAACUCAAACUCAACAUUCCACAACAAACUUUUUUUCCUCCUUACAAACAUGAAGUGGAAGAGAGGACAUGUUAUAGGCCAUGGCUCAACCGCCACCGUCUCUCUUGCCACCACCGCUAACGGAGACGUCUUUGCCGUAAAGUCGUCGGAGCUAUCGUGUUCCGAGCCUCUAAAGAGGGAGGAGAGAAUUCUAUCUUCUAUAUCUUUUCCCAAUUCUUAUUUGGUUGCUUACAGAGGGUGUGAUAUUUCUAUGGAGAACAACAACAACACGCUCAUGUACAAUCUUUUCAUGGAGUACAUGCCAUUCGGUUCGGUUAGUCAGCACGGUGGUCUACUCGAAGAGCAGACCAUUGUAUGCUAUACAAGGCAAAUUGUUAAAGGGUUAGAGCAUUUACAUUCAAAAGGAUUGGUGCAUUGUGACAUCAAGGGUGCCAAUAUCUUGAUUGGAGAACAAGGAGCCAAAAUUGGAGACUUUGGAUGUGCUAAGCGUGUAAAUGAAGCUGACGCACCAAUUCGCGGCACCCCGAUUUUCAUGGCACCGGAGGUGGCGCGCGGCGAGGAACAAGAAUGUCCUAGUGAUAUCUGGUCACUUGGUUGCACUAUAAUCGAAAUGUUCACCGGUUCUUCGCCGUGGCCUAAUGCAGAUGACCCUAUUUCAGCACUUUUUCAUAUAGCAUAUUCCAAUGAAGUUCCAUUGAUUCCAUGUUUAUUAUCUGAUCAAGCAAAGGACUUUUUAGGGAAAUGUUUAAGGAAGAAUCCAAAAGAGAGGUUUACAGCUAGUCAACUUUUGAAGCAUCCAUAUCUUGAAGAGUUGAGUUCUAGUGCUAAGCAAGUUGUGGAACCUAAUUCAUAUUCACCAACAAGUAUUCUCGAACAAGGCUUUUGGAGUUCAAUGGAAGAAUCAGAGAGCCUUAAGUUUGGCAAUUUGAUUCACACAAAAAGUCUUGAGACUUUGGUUGAUGAUAGAAUCAGAAGGUUAACAGUUGAGCCUUGUUUGGCAAGGUGGCAUGAUAAUAAUGAUGAUGUUGAUGAAAAUUGGAUCACAAUUAGAGAGAAUGAAGUUGAUAGUUUUUGCAAUUGUGGGUCAGAAUUAGGUUCAACAAGUGAUGAGUUGAUUUUGAAAAGGUUGGUAGAAAGUAAUGUGAAAGAUGGAAUUAGUGGGCAUGAUUUUAGGGAUGGUAGUUUUGUAGGUAGUAAUUUUAAUUUUCAUGUAGGUAUUGUAAAGAUGCUACUUCCAUCAACAUUAGAUGGUUUAUAAUUCAAGUUUUGAUUAUUCAAAAUUACAUUUUUCACCUCUUUCAUUAUUGUUAUA